ACCAGCUCAAUCACCGCAACGAGUCACCGUGGUCGUCGCCACUGGCUGGGUCUUUUCGAAAGAACCCCAAUCUUCCCUUGCAGAAAAGACUCGUCUGCCACACCGCAAAACCCACGCCAUUGUGUACGCGACCGCCCACAAUGCUCGGCUGGGCAAUCAAGAGGAGCUUCCAAGGCGCGACAGGCACAGCCGAUGCGCCGCCAGCCGAAGAUACUACCCAACUAGAGGGACCUGAUACCCCGGCGCCAGUGUUUGCCGCGCGCGCAAUAAAAAACGCCAUCUUCGGUGCCUCUGCCGAUGAGCCUGCGGAUCGCGAGACGAUGGCGUCUACAGCAGCGCAGAAAACAAGCACUAAACCAGCAUCCAAUGCCGAGCCGAAGAACGAAGACACAGCCGCCUCCGAGUUCAGAUCCCCAACCAAGCUCAAUAGUAUUUUGUUAACACCGGGAACCGGCACGGCGAGGCGGAAACGCGUGUCCUUUGGAGGCGACGUCAAGGCGUCAACAAGCGCGGAACCGAGUCCCUUCGAGAUCAAGGCUGGAAGGCGUAGGAACACAGCCUUGCAACAGGCACUGGAGAACUCGCGAAAGAACAAGAAGCUAGCAGAACAGCCGCCCCCCGAGACCGUGGCCGAUCCAAGCGAAGAGCUCGGAGCAGAUUGGGAGGAAGAGGACUUUUGCAACCAUGACGUGACUGUGGACCUUAACGAGCCACACUCAGGUUCUGGGAAGUACUGGAAAUCGGAAUUCGAUCGCUACCAUGAGGAUGCCAAAGCCGAGAUGACUGCGCUAGUCAAGUACAAGCACCUUGCGAAAUCAUACGCCAAGCAGAAGGACACAGAAUCGGUGCAGCUAGCGCGACAACUGCGAGAAGAGCAAGAGAAGGUCGCCGCGUUGGAAAAGCUGCUGGGAACCAUGAGCGACCCGUCUGCGGAUAAGUCAACACGAAGCGACAAAGAACGGGACCAGACUGCCCUUGUCAAAGAGCUCAGCAAACAGACUUCUCUGGUGAUGGAAUACCGAGACCGCAUUCGCGACCUGGAAUCCACUCUGAAGGAAAAGGCUGGAGAGACAGACAGCGGGCGCAGGGCAGCACAAACGUCGCCACGUGAUGAAAAGACUCUGCUCGAAGUGAAUCGGGAACUACGUCGAGUCAAAUCUGAGCUCAAGCAGAUGGACGGUCUUCGAGCGGAAAACGAGCGACUGAAGGCAGCCUUGAUUGCUGCCAAGGAUCAAGCCACGAGGAACUCAGAAGCGGCCUCCUCGGAUGGUGCAUCCGACAGAGCCCAGGCCCGGGAGCUUGGAACACAGGUGCGCGAGCUGAAAGAAGAGCUGCGCAAGGAAAGGAGCGAGCUGCGCAAAGUGAAGAGAGAGUUUGAGACAUUGAAGAAGGACGCAAAGAUGCGGACCGUAGAGGCGAUGCAGGUGCUUCAGGAAAAGAACGACAAGAUCGCACAACUUGAAAACGAAAUUCGUGCGGCUAAGAAGGAGCGGGAAUCUGGACGACAGCAACGAGACCUCGACAGAGCACUUGCUGAACACCAAAGGAUUACCCGCGAUCUAGAAUCCGACAUGACCGCGAGAAGGAGGGUAACCAGAGAGAAGGAGACUGCGGCCACUCGGAGGCCACACCGAUCGCUUUCAGCUGAGGACUUCACGCUCGACUUCACCUCGCAAGUCGGCAAUCUGCACAAUAUACGAAGUCAGGUCAAGCAUGAUGAGCAGGAACACCGGACAGUCAAGGAGGAUCUGGCCACACACCGACCAACCACGAAUGCACGGGGCCUUGGCGAAAAGGAGGUAUUUGAGGCCGACGAUUGGACAACAAGUCGUCCUGCGCAAACGCGACACGAUGGCAGGAUUCGAGCAGUGAGGUCAGCUCAGGUCCUGGCAGACCUGCCUAACGAUGCCGGGUCCAAAGGGAGAACCUCGAUCGCGCAUGAUGCAAUCUCCGACAAGUACGGCCAGAGCAGUCACUACAGGCCACCGGCUGCGGCAGACGACAAUGUCUUUCACCGUAGGGGCACGUACGAGUCGUUGAGAGCACCAAAACCCGACGAAUCAAGCACGCGCAGACAUCUAGCGGCCUGCGAUGAUGAGCAGGGCAUCGAUCUGCUGCAGAACCGCUUCGCAUCCUUGGGGAACGGUAUAUCUGGAGAAAAGCCUCCUAUUGGCAAUACAUCGCGGUGCUCCUUGCCACCAGACCGGCUUGCUGCAGCUCGUGCCCGGCUUGAACAAAAGAAAUUGGACAGAAUGCGACCAGCAGCGCAUCGCCUGCAGGAGGUGGGAAAGGAGAACUACGAGCCAUGAGAGAGUCUUAUGGUUAGGACGCGUGGUCAGCGGGAAAGGUGUCAGGAGAGCUGGUCGAAAAUUGAAUAUACCCAGGCCAUAUGAGACUGGCUACUGAUUUUGAGAUUGAAGAAUGGCAUGGGCAUCUGACU